AUGUUUAGCUUGGGAGAACUUCUUGCGGGAAGAGAUCUCCUGAACAAGAAGAUCGAGGAACAUGCCCUCCUCGUUGCGAACCGGGAGCCGCUUUCUCCGGCCGAGCAAGCAGAAAGCGAUGCGGCGAGGGAGGAGGUACUCUCGUCCCUGGAACGGAACAUCGAAGUCUUAAAGGGCGCACUCCACCGUUCGGAGCAAGAAGGCCAACAAAUAAACGACGGGCUGCUCGGGUCCCACCAUGCGGCCAUCAAUGAGGAGCAGAUCGCGGCCAAGCCAAUGGACCCUGUGACAAGCUUGGUUGCGGGAUUCUUCGGUGCUCAGGACUCGAGACUCAAGGCUCAGGCGAUCAUGGUGGGCAACAUGGCUGAUAGCAUUGAUGAGUCCAUCUCUCGCUUCCGAGCAAUACAGGACAACCCCCGUUUGAAGUGCUACAAUGCAACCUUAAACAAAGUCGCUGUCGUGGGAAUUAGAGAAAAUAAUAUUUGGUAUAUUAAGACCUCUACUAAUGCUUCUAAUUCAAGCUCCAGUGAUGCCUCGAGCGUAAUCCAGACCGUGGAUGAGUGGGCAAUUUUCGGUCCCAUGCCUGAGGAGACGCAAUUGGCCGGCAGCAAGGCCACUCACCUCUUCCCCUACUGCGGAGACCUCUGUCUGGCGGUGGGGACUGGGAUUUGGCGGAAGAGGCAUCGAGAUGCGAAUGAUUCGAGAAUCACGGAAGCUAUGAACAACUGGCCAGUGUUGUACGAGGAUGGUUGGGAAAAAGUGGGAGACCGGUGCCUUCCCGAUGCCAACCUCUCCAGCAUCAUUCCCUACGCCACGCUCGCAGCCACUGGUAACAAGAUCAAUUUCCACCUGGUCACCCUUUCUAGGGACAACACUAUUAGCUUCCUGAGCGGGGAUUGGCUUACCGACAAUAUGCAUUUUCAACCGAUGAAGAACGAGAGUCUAGACGGUGAAGGGCAAGCAGUCCGCUGGAAAAAGAUUGCCUACUGGAAUGAUCGCGUGGUCGGACUGGAUAUGGACAAUCAUACGUGGAAUCUCACGAUGAAUUUUGACCGGGGAGUCUUCCAGGCGGCAGAAAAGUUCAAAAUAGAUGGAUUUUCCGAGCUCACUGCCACGGAUAUCGGCCCAGUGGGAAUAGGGGCCGAUGGAUAUUUGUAUAGACGGGUGUUUGACCUGGUCGGAAACCAACAGGAAACCAAAAAGAGCACGACCAGAUGGUCGCGGUGGAUCGAGCAGAAGGGAGUCAUGAACAUUGGCGUCGCCUCUCCAGGCGUCAUGCUUGAUCUUUAUCAUCUCUCGGAGUCAUUGCGCACUCGCUACUUUGAGACCCUAGAGCACCUUUACCCCAGUGUUGAAAAGCUUGGAGUAUUUACCAUCACCCAUAACGUCUUCAUCCACCAACUACGCGAGGCAGCCCGUGAGUACAACAGUGUCUAUAGUGACUCUGGGAAGACAGACAUAUCAGUCAAGGAAGCCAAGAAGUUCAUAAAGCACGCCCGAAUUUGGGCACAGAUCCUCAAAGUCCACGCGAAUCACUUCCGCGAGUCAAUUCUCCAUACGCAGAAAUACAGCGCCAGCGUCCAGAGAGACUUGGCAGCACAGAUAACUGUCCUGCUUAAUCAACUUACUUCCGUCAAAUGCCAACUUGAGUCCUUACGCACAGACUUCAACAAGAUUAAUCGCCAAUUUUGGAGUGCUUUCGCGGCGGCCGUCGUCGGACUGACCAUCGUGCUUGGAUGUACGGAUGUUGAUCUUGCCGCCUGCAAUGCGACUGGGGCUCUGUUCAUAGGAGGAUUGGCGAGUGCGUGCACCAUCGGAGCCGAGCCAGAAAAGAUACAUGAUAGCGUGCAGGCAGCCAUUGCGGAAAGUCAGCAGCUUCAAACUGCUAUCGAUGGGAUAUCCUUUGCAGUCGAGAGCAUUCAGCAAAUCGAAGUUCUUGCCAGCGCCAUGAACACAUUCUGGAGCAGUAUGCUGGACAACGUAUCGCCCCUGCGCGUCAUGGACAAUGCGACUGCUAAAAUGCUUGGUGAACAGGCUCUCGACGAAGCUAAUAUUGAAAAUGCUUCUCAAACCAUCGAGCAGCUCAACAAAAGCUAUCGGCGAUGUCAAAACGUCUUAGACCGGUGUGGAGUCCGGCCUCCUGGAGAUUUUGACGAAGAUUCAAGUUAG